AAUCUGGUGCAAAGCGGUGCCCUGUUAACGCUGUGAUGCCCAUUGUUCCUUGUUUCCAGUCAAAUCUGACCCCAGAGCAGUUUCACCCAGGAACCCAACUCCUCAGAUCCACCUGACUCUGUUUGUACCAAACCAGUUUGACGCCUCCGCCCCGGGAAGGGGAAGUGAAGGACUGAGCUGGAGACAAAGUCGUCCCUAUAGUUGACCUGGCGCUUUUUUUAGACACGGUGUCCCAGCACCGUGUUACAGUAUGAACAUGUUCAAAAGAGAUAAAAACCCACCAGCCCCGACUCCAGUCCUUCCACCUAGACCCAGUAAGGAGGAGCUGGACAACCCCUCCAGACACAGCCCGGCCGGUGGGGAUGCAGGAACGACUCCAGCCUCACUGGAAAAUGAGAUCACAAAUGAGCCGAACGCAAGGACCAAGAGGACUGGGGUGAUGGGAGUUGUGCAGAAGGUCAACCCGUUCAAAUCUACCCCAAAGGCGGCAUCUUCUAUGGUCAGCAAAGCUCCUUCCUCUGAGUCACUGGAGCAGGCAGCAGACUCCACCCAGAACCCUGGGAUGCUGAAAGGGGUCAUGAGGAAAGUGAACCCGUUCAAGUCUAGCUCGCAGAUGACUGAAGCGUCAUCGUCGGAGUCCCUGGAGCAGGACAGGGGUUCAGACGCCCGUCAGAACCCCGGCAUGUUGAAGGGAGUCAUGCAGAAAGUGAACCCAUUUAAGUCUUCUGGACAGGAAUCAAAAAAGGAUCUCGUAGACGAUUCUGCAAAUCCUCAACAGUCGAAGGAACUCCAGGACAAACAGAAUCCAGGAGUGAUGGCGAGCAUGAUGCAGAAAGUCAACCCGUUCAAAUCUUCCCAGUCAAAGGACGUUCAAUUUCGACACAAUGAACUCUCCGCCAGCAGUGGAAGUUUGGCCGAUAACAACAACGAGCCAGAGAAACAGGCGCCGAACCCCGGAGUGUUCAAAGGGAUGAUGCAGAAAGUGAACCCCUUUAAGUCUCUCACACAGGUGGCAGCUGAUGCGUGCGAGACCGACUCUGCGGUUCCCUCCAACCGGAUUGGGGAUGAACGAGCUCUUCACAGUGAGAAUUCCACCAGCUCCGAGAGCUUGGAUGACAGUGAAAUAGAGCGACAUUCUAUUUGGUACACAGAUGCCGACACCAGCAGUGACGUGAAAACCCACCCACCACAGGCUCCAAAGAGAACAGGGACGUUCAUAUUAAAGAGGAUUCUUCCCAGUGCAUUAUUUCGUUCGGAAACAAAGGAUUCUGCAAAUGCAACCUCCGACACUCCGGCACCCCCUCAGGCGGUGGUUGAAGUGGAGACGCUGCAACUGGCUGACGUCCCGGUCCCCAGUGAGGGGACACUGGACCCUCUCGAAGAUGAAGAAGGGCUUCUGGCCUGGUGGGGAACUGUCGAGGGAUGGGACGAGUGGAACGAGGCAAACAAGGAGGAUGAAGCUGAAGAAGUGGUUGAAGAAGCUGCAGACCGCGUCUUCAUGGCGGCUCGUCUCUUCGUCCGCUUCUUCAACCAGCGCGGCGCCUCCCUGCAGCAGCGCAUCCUGGAGCUCCUCGGUCUGGCCGACGCCGCAGACAACUUCCACAAGAAGACGGUGACGGCCAGCGUGGGCGGCGGGGUGGCCAGCGUCGCCGGGUCCAUCACCACCAUCACCGGGCUCAUCCUGGCACCUUUCACAGCGGGAACGUCGCUCAUCGUCACGGCGGUGGGCAUCGGCAUCGCCACAGCCGGCGGCGUGACGUCGGCCUCGGCCAACAUCACAGACACGGUCCAUUCAAAGACGGACCGCACAAAGGUGGAGAAGAUGAUCCAAGACUACCAGGAGGAGAUCAUGGAUAUCAAAGACUGCCUGGAGUUUCUGCAGGCAGGGAUGCAGACUCUGGAGGACUGGAACUUUGAGCAGUACGCCGAGAGCAUCUCCAAGAAGCACCUGAAUCAGAACGUCAAGCAUGUGGUGAAGGAGGGCGGCCGAGCCGGCAAGGCUUUGGUCGUAAACGCGGAGAGUCUGAUCGGCACCAUCCAGGUCCUGAACGUGGCCGGCGGCGCCGCUAAAGCCGCACAGGUGAUGAGCGUCACCACCGGGGUCAUGUCGGGCCUCUUCCUGGCCCUCGACGUGUUUUUCCUGGCCAAGGAUUCCAUGGAGCUGAGGAAAGGAGCCAAGACGGAGUUCGCUACCAAGAUCCGAGAGGUGUGCAAGGACCUGCAGGACGGACUGCUGGAGCUGAACAGCAUCAAGGAGGAGUUGCAGAAGACGAUGGAUGGAAUAGAGGUGGAGGUGGAGGAGGAAGAGGAGGAUGAGGAGCUGCUGAAGUCUGAUCUGAAGAAGCUGAAGCUUGAAGAGUGAGAACAGGUUUAAAACCUCUGUUAAAGUGCCACUUAGCUGCUUCUAGUACUUUUAUUUCUGUUAACGCACAGAUGGAAUAUUUUAUAAAGUAGAUAUUUUAAAGUAAUUUAUUUCAGUGUAAUAAACAAAGUUGCCAUAUUAUAUCUGUCUUUUAAUAUGAAGGACAUUUUCCUUUUCU